AUGAAUCGUCAUCUAUGCGCCAUGACGUCUCAGUACAACUUUAAACGGAUUACAGUUGUUCCGACAGCUUCGGAGCUCAAGGACAUCGUCUUAUCAAAAACACAGCGUAAGACCCCUACUGUCGUUCAUAGGCAAUAUGCGAUUGGACGCAUACGAGCUUUUUAUGCUCGUAAAAUCAAGUUUCUCCAACAAACUUUGCAUGAUAAACUGACUCAGAUCAUAAAUGAGUUCCCAAAAAUGGAGGAAGUUCAUCCGUUCUAUUCCGACUUGAUGAAUAUUCUGUAUGAUAGAGACCAUUACAAAAUCGCAUUAGGACAAAUGAAUACAGCCAGGCAUUUGAUAGACGGAAUUGCUCGCGAGUAUGUGCGUUUGAUGAAGUAUGGUGAUUCACUGUAUCGAUGCAAAAUGUUGAAGAGAGCAGCGUUGGGUAGAAUGGUAAAACUGUUAAAGCGGCAGAAGUCUAGUUUUGAAUAUCUCGAGCAGGUUCGGCAGCAUCUUUCGCGGUUGCCAAGUAUUGAUCCUGGCACAAGAACUCUCAUACUCUGUGGUUUCCCGAACGUUGGUAAGUCAUCUUUCAUAAACAGCGUUACUAGAGCAGACGUCGAAGUUCAACCAUAUGCGUUCACAACAAAGGCCCUAUACGUCGGUCACCUCGACUACAAAUUCCUACGGUGGCAGGUUAUUGAUACUCCUGGUAUACUUGAUCAACCUCUCGAAGAAAGGAAUACCAUUGAAAUGCAAGCCGUAACUGCUCUCGCUCAUCUCAAAGCUGCUGUACUCUUUGUGAUGGAUAUUUCUGAACAGUGCGACAGGACUAUAGAAGAACAGGUAUCUUUAUUUGAAUCAAUUCGACCAUUGUUUGGCAACAAGCCAGUGCUUAUUGGACUGAAUAAGAUUGAUAUUGUACGCCGGAGCGAUCUCCCAAAGGAAAAAGCAGCACAGCUGGAGAAAAUUGAAGGUGAAGGAGUACCGGUGAUAGAAAUGUCAACCGUUACUCAUGAAGGAGUUAUAAAUCUGAGAGACAAGGCUUGUGAUGAGUUAUUAGCGCAACGAGUGGAGGCUAAACUGCAAUCGAAGGGGGCAUCUGUCGAGGACACUAUUCUUAGCCGUGUUUUUGUUGCUUUUCCUACACCGAGGGAUGAUAAAGUUCGUGCUCCUUAUAUUCCUGCAGCAGUGCAACGACGUAAACAACACAUGGAGACUAAUGAAAAUAAUUUAGAGAGAGAUGAAAACACGCGAAGACUUGAACGUGAAUUGGAAUUGGAACUAGAAGACGACUAUAUUUUGGACUUGAAGAAGCACUACCUUCUCAAAAAUCCUGAGGAGAAGUACGAUAUCGUCCCAGAAAUUUGGGAAGGACAUAACCUUGCCGACUUUAUCGACCCUGAAAUUCAAAAAAAACUGGCUGAUCUCUUAGCCGAAGAAGAACUGCGAGAGAAAGCUGGAGAGUAUGAUUCUGAUUUGGAUAGUGAUGAUGAAGAGACCAAAGAAAAAUUGGAACUAGCAAAGCAGAUCAGAGAAAAAGAGAAGCUUUUAGCCUUGGAGAAUCACUUGAAUAAGUCAAAAGCGGGCAGCCAUGUGUCGCGUCUAAAUGUACGGAAGCGCGAACGAUCUAUGAAUCGAUUAGAGGAAGAGAUGCAGGAGCUUGGUGUUGAGGUCAACACAAAACGUAUGAAGAAUUUGCUUGGACAAGCUCAGAAACCGCAACUUGGCAAGAAGAUUAAGGUUGGCCGAUCACCCAGCCUGAGUGCAUCCCGCCCACCGCCACGAGAUGAAGUCGCCAUUCCCGAUAAGAAGAUACGUGCCAAAGCCGCUAAAUUGCGGGUAAAUGCAAUGAAACGACUACGACGAGAGGCCCGAAAGGGAGAAGCCGAUCGUCAUGUAUACGAUUUGAAACCGAAACACUUGUUUAGUGGGAAGCGGAAAAUGGGGAAAACAGACAGAAGAUAA